UUCAUUAAGCCCUCCAGGUAAUGCUGAUGCACACUGAAGUGAACACCGCUUCCCUAGAACUGCACAGAGUGAAGGCCGAAGGAAUUAGACAAGGAAGAGGAGAGUACCUGCCUACCGGAUGAGUAACAGCCCAGGCGUCAGCAGGAAGCGGACCCGGUCCAGAAGCCCCCAUGAGAAGAAGAAGAAGAGGUGCUCGCGGUCCCGGACCGAGUCCAAGGCUGGGUCCCAGUCGGCCUCCCCCAGCAAGCAGGCCACACGCCGGCACACGGCCCACUCGGCCAGCAUCUCUCCCGUGGAGAGUCGGGGCUCCAGCCAGGAGCGCUCCAGGGGAGUUUCUCAGGAAAAAGAUGGCCAGAUCUCCUUGGCAAUUUUCUCCUCCGUGCAGAGCAAAAUAACUCAGGAUCUCAUGGCCAAAGUGAGGGUGAUGCUCCCCGCUUCCAAGAACAUGCAGACCAGUGCCUUCUGAGAGGCGGGCAUCGCGCAGGCCCAGCGCCGGGCUGCGGGGGCUGGAGAGCCAGGACGCUUCCGCGCGCACAGACCCGUCCCACGCCGUCCGCAUUCUCCCCCAGGACUCCCCUGGGCAGUUGGUGGUUUUUGUAAAUUAAUUUUUGAUGACAUUUUCAGUUUAAGAUUUUUGACCAGCAGUCUCUUACCUGUAUAUUUGUAAAUAAUAUCAUGUUUCUGUGAAAAUGUAUUAUCAAAUAAAAUGGGAGGAAAACACCUUUUCUAGCUA